AUGAUCAGAAGGACUCAAAUUAAGAAAGUACUGUGUGUCGCGGAGAAAAAUGAUGCUGCUAAAGGCAUUGCCGAGAUAAUGUCAAAUGGGAGAGCAAGAAAGAGAGAAGGCCUCUCAGUCUACAAUAAGAUAUACGAGUAUGAAUAUAACUUGUUUGGACAAGAUGUAAGCGUGUCGAUGACUUCAGUCUCGGGGCAUCUUUUAGCCCUUGAAUUCAAGGCUCCUUUUCAGAAAUGGCAUAGCUGCAACCCUGUCUUGUUAUUUGACGCAGAGGUGGAAAAAUACUGCCCUGAGAACUCUGUGAACAUUAAGAGAACUCUGGAGAAAGAGGUUCGACAGUGCCAAGCUCUGAUCAUCUGGACUGACUGUGACAGAGAGGGAGAGAAUAUAGGAUUUGAGAUCAUUGACGUCUGUAAAGCAGUGAAGCCAAACAUUCAGGUGUUCCGUGCACGAUUCUCUGAGAUCACGCCGAACUCCAUCAGGCGAGCCUGUGAGACGCUUACAGAACCCGACAUAAACGUCAGCGAUGCGGUGGACGUCAGACAGGAGCUCGAUCUUCGCAUCGGAGCGUCGUUUACCAGGUUCCAGACCUUACGGCUGCAGAAGAUCUUUCCGGACUCACUGUCAAAUCAGCUGAUUAGCUAUGGAAGCUGUCAGUUUCCCACUCUGGGUUUUGUGGUGGAGAGGUUCAAAGCCAUUCAGGCGUUCAUUCCUGAGAGCUUUUUCAAAAUUAAAGUGGUUCAUGAGACUGGAGAAGAGUCGGUGGAAUUUAACUGGAAAAGGCAUAGGUUGUUCAAUCACACUGCGUGCCUUGUCCUUUACCAGAUUUGCAUGGAGGAUCCCAUGGCCACAGUGAUGUCUGUUGUGAGUAAGCCGAAAAGCAAAUGGAGACCACUGCCCCUUGACACAGUGGAACUUGAGAAGUUGGCCUCAAGGAAACUGAGGAUGAGUGCUAAAGAAACAAUGAAAACAGCAGAAAAACUGUAUACACAGGGGUUUAUCAGUUAUCCUCGCACUGAGACCAACAUGUUCCCAAAAACCUUGAACCUGACUCCGCUUGUGGAGCAGCAAACCCAGGACAGUGAAUGGGGUUUUUUUGCCCAGAGGAUUCUGGAAAAUGGCGGGCCCACUCCUCGAAACGGAAACAAAUCUGAUCAGGCCCAUCCUCCCAUUCACCCGACUAAAUACACAAAUACCCUACAGGGCAAUGAAAAGCGGCUGUAUGAGUUCAUCGUCCGCCACUUCCUGGCGUGCUGUUCCAAAGACGCUCAGGGCCAAGAGAUGACAGUGGAAAUUGAAAUAGCCCAGGAGCAGUUCUCAGCCAGUGGCCUCACCAUCAUAGCCCGGAACUAUUUGGACGUUUACCCUUAUGAUAAGUGGAGCAACAAGGUCAUUCCUUUAUAUACACCAGAGACUACAUUCCAGCCCACGGCUAUUGAGAUGGUGGAAGGACAAACUAGCCCUCCACAGCUCCUGACGGAGGCUGAUCUGAUCGCUCUCAUGGAGAAACACGGCAUUGGUACCGAUGCUACUCACGCUGAGCAUAUUGAGACAAUUAAGAGCCGCAUGUACGUGGGCCUGACCAACGACCAGAGGUUCCUGCCCGGAGAGCUCGGGAUGGGUCUCGUCGAAGGGUAUAACUCAAUGGGCUACGAGAUGUCAAAGCCAGAUCUGAGAGCAGAGCUGGAGGCUGACCUCAAACUGGUCUCGGAGGGCCGUAAAGACAAAGCAUCUGUACUUAGACAUCACGUGGAGAAAUACAAGGCCGUCUUCAUUGAGUCUGUGAGGAAGGCAAAGAAGUUGGACGAAGCCCUGUCAAAUUACUUAGGCCAGGCUCUGGAGUACACACAGCAGGAGGAACAGGACAUAGAGUUGCCUUUGCCAGUGAGAAAGUGUCCCCAGUGCAACAGGGACAUGGUCCUUAAAAAAAGAAAGGACAGCACAGGGAAGUUUCUGUCAUGUAUGGGUUACCCUUCAUGUAAGGCUGCUGUUUGGUUCCCAGAUACAGUUCUAGAGGUCAGCAGAGAUGACAGCAUCUGCCCAACGUGUCAUCCACAUCCUGUUCAUAUGCUGAAAUUUAAAUUUAAAAGGGGAAGCCUGCCUCCCAUGAUGCCUCUGGAGUUUGUAGGCUGCAUUGGCGGAUGUGACGACACACUUAGAGAGGUCCUGAAUUUGAAAUACCUCAGAGGAGGUGGAAAUGCUGGGACUCAAAAUAAUGGUGGAGCUCCUCGUCAGCCCAGAGCCAAUCAGGCCCUUAGACCCAGGGCUGAGAAUGACCUAUCAGCACCACCUCCUCAGCCUAGGGCAAGUAACCACAGAUCCCUAUGGGCAAGCCAGCCCUCAGCAGCCCAGCAGAGCGACACGGUUGUAUGUAACUGCGGCCAAGAUGCCCUCCUCCUCACCGUUCGCAAAGAGGGCCCCAAUCAAGGUCGGCAGUUCUACAAGUGCAACACGGGGAACUGCAAGUUCUUCCUGUGGGCAGAUCAGCCACACGAUCACGGGGCGUCCCCAGGGGGCAGAGGUCCACCCGGUCAGGCCCCCCAGCCUCCGAGACCUUCUCUGGGCUUUGGAAACACACCCCAACAGCAAAACAACAGAGGGUCGAGGGGCAGCGUAGGAGAGACGAUGUGUAACUGUAAUGAACCCGCUGUUACGAGGACCGUGAUGAAGGACGGGCCUAACAAAGGCCGAAUGUUUCACACCUGCGGUAAACCGCGGGAACAGCAGUGCGGCUUCUUCCAGUGGACGGAUGAGAACAUUCCUCCAGCCCCCGGAGGUUCUGGUGGAGGAGAAGGGGGGAAAAGAUCGAGGAAGAGUUCAGCAUCUGCGAACAAGGCCCCUGCUACAAAAAAACCCAGGACCUGUGGAAUUUGCCAUGAGCCUGGCCACACCCGAAACAACUGUCCACACAGAUAG